AUGGCACCCGACGUGGGCCUUUCCCGCGCCACCUUCGCCAAGCUCUCUCCCCAUCCCUUCCUCCUCGCCAAUUUGGAGCCCUCCGAUGGCGACUUCCCGCCCGCCAGAAGCAGUGGCCGGGCCCCCGACGAGGUUCGCCCGCCUUCCGUCAACACCUCCAGCCUGUCGCACGCGCAUGGCAGCGCCCUCGUGCGCAUGGGCGACACUACAGUCAUCUGCGGUGUCAGGUGCGAGACCAUUCUGACGUCCGGAAUCCCCAACUACCGCGCAUCGAACACCGAGACGGAGCUCAAGGAUUAUGAUCUUCUCGUGCCGAACAUCGAGCUCGCCACUGGCUGCGCGCCCGAGUUCCUACCCGGAGGCCCGCCUUCCACACUCGCACAGACGCUGAGCACGAGGAUAUACUCGCUGCUGCACAGCUCCAAACUGAUACGGCCGGAAGACUUGCGCAUCUGGCAGACGAAGCUCUCGGACCACCAGGUCGAGUCCGAGGACCAGAUGGAGAUGGACACGGAUGAGGGCGGCGAGCGAAGCGUUGUCGCCUAUUGGGUGCUCUACAUUGACAUGUUCUUCAUUUCCUUUGACGGAAACCCAUUCGACGCCGCCUGGGCAGCGACGGUGGCCGCCCUGCGAGACACCAGGAUCCCCCGGGCCCGCUACGAUGCCGAUCGAGAGCUUGUCCUGUGCUCGAGAAAGGACCCCGUUCCCUUGGCCAUCAACGGCCUGCCCGUCGCCUGCACCGCCGCUGUCUUUACCGGCAAGGAGACGGACCGGCCGACGGACGGCAAGUACUGGCUGCUGGCCGACCCCGAUCGCUUGGAGGAGUCUCUAUGCGACGAGACCGUCACCUUUGUCGUCGACUGCAGCGACGGUGCCACCAAGAUACUGUCCAUUUCUAAGCAUGGCGGCGUCGUCUUGAGUCCCAAGCAUCUACGAGCGCCACAAUUUUUGGACAUGACGAGCAAACGGUGGAAGGAUGUUGCCGCAGCAAUCGGACAAUAG